AUGGAUUACAUUUCUGUAGACGCAACAGAUAUUACUGUAUCUAAUUUUGUGAAUUUUGGAGCAUCUUGUAUGAUUAUAUUUGGUGGCAUUGCUCCAUAUGUUCCUCAAUACAGAGAAAUCAAGAGGACAGAGAAUGCAGAUGGAUUCUCUAUGCAUGUGUGUUUAGCUUUACUUUUAGCUAACAUACUCAGAAUAUUAUUUUGGUUUGGAAAAAGAUUUGAAUUCCCUUUACUUUUUCAAAGCUUUUUUAUGAAUAUUGCAAUGCUAUUUAUGAUUAAAUUAUGUGUUCAUAUAAAAAAUAAAAAACAAAUGUUCAAGCACAAAGAAAGAGUUUUCACAGAUUUUGAUAUGAAAUAUUUCUGGGCAUGGACUGAUUUUCAAUCAUACUUAGAUUUUUUAUUAGUGUUUUCAUUACUUACUUCAAUUUUAACUUAUAUUUUUAUCAAAUCACCCAUAUUUAUUGAAAUGGUUGGCUUUAUGGCAGUUUUUACCGAAGCAAUGUUGGGUAUGCCACAGUUGUUUCAAAAUUAUUAUAAUAAAUCGACAAGAGGAAUGAGUUUGUUGAUGGUAUUAAUGUGGACUUGUGGAGAUACAUUUAAAACGAUUUAUUUCAUAGCGAGAACCACACCAUAUCAAUUUUGGGUUUGUAGUGUGAUGCAAGUAAUUAUCGAUUUACUUAUAUUAUUGCAAGUAUAUAUUUACAAAGGUAAUGAUUUUAUAAUAAGAAGAGAUUAA